CUUUUCCUGCUAAGGAAACGGAUUCGAGGAGAGACGCGGCCCGGUAGAUUUGACUACCGGGCCGCGUCUCUCCUUGCACGCGAGUGCAAGAAGCUGUAAAUGUUUACAGAGCAAAUCCGUCGUUAAAUCCGAUACGGGACAUUUCGGGUUUGCAGUUUCGGACGCUCUUCUAUUUGACUUGGGUUUAGCCGCGCGACGGGAUUUCAGCCAAUAUUAGACGGCUCGGGUUGUCGCGCGGUAUUACAUAUACCAACCGGUUUGCCAACCGCUAUCUUACAUGCCUCAAUGAAAUUACGCUGGUUUACGUACACACCCGCGCGAGAGAAUAACUAAAUACGUUAAUCAGGCAGGCCUACCCGAUAAAGGGGUAAUCUCUCCCGCUGUUUCGCCGUCGGCGAAUCGCGAAUUAUUUUCGCGCUGGUGACCUGCCAGCCUGCGAUCUAUUUUCGUGUAUCCAAAGGCAUCGCCCGUGGAUUUCAGAGCGGAGUUGCCGUAAAGUUAUGAAAGACGUAUUUCUCUCGAAAAACUUGCGGGCAUCGCGGCGGUAUAGACCUUUUCAAUGAAACUUCGGUGAAAAGAUGCUCGAGAGAAGGAGAGAGAGAGAGAGAGAGAGCGAGAGGCUUCUACGCAUUCCGUGGAAAAAUUCCGAGGCACGAAGUUGCUGAUUUUUCUUCUUGUGGAUUUCUCACCAGUCGGCGAGCUUGGAUAUAUAAUCUCUUCUACCGCAACGCGUGGGACGAAAGAUGCACACGAGAAAGAGAAAGAGAGAGAGAGAGAGAGAGAGAGAGAGAGAGAGGACUUGGAGAUUACAUCGAGCAUAAUAUGGCAACGACACGAGUCUUUCACACGCCCGCGAUGGAGAUUACGCGGGACAAUGGAAAAACAGCUAAACGACGAGUUAGUGCGAGAUCCUUGUUCUAAUUAUACGCUCUUACGAGGAAUUAAGAGGAAUCGUGCGGGCGCGUGCCACCGUCGCUCCGGCCGGAACGCGAAAACGGUCCAUCGCAGCAUCGUACUCGAGCGGAGUAGAGCGGCUCCUCGCGAGGACGAUACACGCUGCCUGACGGCCAUCGGGGGUGCAGCAACCCUCGGCCUCGGUCGCCAGGAACGGAUCUAUACCGAGGGUAGGAUGCCGUUUGUCGGGGCAACGAAUGUGCGAGCCAGUCAGCUAUCGGGGAAAACACGCGAGUCGAGGAGGCAGGAGGGAAAUUCUGGAGCGCGUGCAUGCCGUCGAUGACACCAGCGGAUGCACGGGCACCAUCGUUGUCAGAUGCAACGCAGAGGGAGAUUCUGCGUGCCGUGACGACGUGUACCGUGUAUAGUGCGUACGCGUACGGACCUGUGUGCGUAUACGCGUAAGUAACGUAAGGGGCGGUGGGAAAGGAAGACAGAGGCA